ACCCACUAAGGAAACACCUCAGGGACAAUGGCGGAGGGAGAUAAUCGCAGCACCAAUCUGCUGGCUGCAGAGACUGCAAGUCUGGAAGAGCAGCUGCAGGGAUGGGGAGAAGUGAUGCUGAUGGCUGAUAAAGUCCUCCGAUGGGAAAGAGCCUGGUUUCCACCUGCCAUCAUGGGUGUGGUUUCUUUGGUGUUUCUGACUAUCUACUAUCUAGAUCCAUCUGUUCUGUCCGGUGUUUCCUGUUUUGUUAUGUUUUUGUGCUUGGCUGACUACCUUGUUCCCAUUCUAGCUCCUAGAAUUUUUGGCUCCAAUAAAUGGACCACUGAGCAACAGCAAAGAUUCCAUGAAAUUUGUAGCAAUCUGGUAAAGACUCGACGUAGAACUGUGGGCUGGUGGAAAUGUCUCUUUACACUGAAGGAAGAAAAGGCUAAAAUGUACUUCAUGACCAUGAUCAUUUCUCUUGCUGCAGUUGCUUGGGUGGGACAGCAAGUCCACAACCUGCUGCUCACCUAUCUGAUAGUGACUUUCUUACUGUUGCUUCCUGGAUUAAAUCAGCAUGGAAUCAUUUUGAAGUACAUUGGAAUGGCCAAAAGGGAGAUAAAUAAGCUUCUCAAAUAA